AUGUCGGUUAUUCGGGUCAUGUGCCAACUGAGGAAAACGAAGGCCCGUUCUGAGGGGGAUAUUAUACAGGGAGCCCAUAAUAUCACUGCAACAGUGGAGCGAGGCAGUGAUGCAACAUUUACUUGUGAAAUCAGCAAGGAGGAACAUCGAUCAGCUACGAUAAGGUGGGGGAAGUACAUCUCGCCGGGCGAGGCCGAUACCAGCGAAUUCCGCAAGAAUGAACUUCUUCACUGGUCAGGAGGUACCUACGUAGUCCUGCCGACCAUCCUGCCGCAGGAUCUACAGAAGCUGUUCGACGUCUCGAAGCCCCUGGCCGUCAGUAAUCCGGGCUCCAAGAAAAGCCGCCUGGUGCUACGAAGUGCCUCGCCACGUGAUGCUGGACUCUACGUGUGUUCAGUCAUCACAGAGUCGGGACGAGAUGAUCACAAAUUUGUCCACGUUAAUGUUAAAGGUGAGUUCUAA